UGCUUUUUAAAGGCGACCGAUGCUGAUGGGUUCUACUCCCAAUCUGCAGUUGACAUUGAUGGAAAUACCGUAAGCUUUGAAAAAUACAAGGGAAAAGUAGCUCUGGUUGUGAAUUUGCUGCAGGAACUGUAUACCAAACACCAAGGUCGAGGUUUUCGCAUCUUAGCCUUUCCUAGCAGCCAGUUUGAGACUCAAGAAUCCGAGCCCGAAUCUGUAAUUAAACAAAAUUUAAUAGAAAAAUAUGGUGCCUCAUUCGAUAUGUUUAGCAAAGUAGAUGUGAAUGGUGAAAACGCCUCCCCUCUUUAUAAAUAUCUUCAGAGUGCUCUAGCUGAUCCGGUAGAAAUAACUUGGAAUUUCGCCAAAUUUUUAAUUGAUCGUCAUGGCAAACCCUAUAAGCGAUAUAUGCCAGAUGUAGCCCCAAUUGUAAGCCCAUCUGAUCUUCUCCAAUUUCUAUAA